CCAUCAGACCGGAAGUUUUGAACGAAUCAUACGCGGGAAUUUACUCACCGCUUCAGCUGGACAACAGAGGAGGUCGGUGUUGGAUAUUAAAAAAUGAAGGUCGUAACGUGUGAGAUUGCAUGGCACAACAAGGAGCCAGUGUACAGUCUGGACUUCCAGCACAGCUCGGAUGGACGCAUUCAUCGGCUGGCCACAGCUGGAGUGGACACCACAGUCAGACUGUGGCGGGUAGACACGAGCCCAGAUGGAAAGGCAGUGGUAGAGUUUCUAUCUAAUCUGGCUCGACAUACCAAGGCUGUCAACGUGGUUCGCUUUAGCCCCAAUGGAGAGCUGCUUGCCUCAGGAGGAGACGAUGCAGCAAUUCUGCUUUGGAAGCUCAACGACUCUAAGGAGCCGGAGCAGGCGCCCGUGUUCCAGGAGGAAGAAGACGCUCAACUCAACAAGGAGAGCUGGUCUGUGGUCAAGACACUGAGGGGGCACAUAGAGGACGUGUAUGACAUCUGCUGGACACGGGAUGGAAACUUCAUGGUGUCUGGCUCUGUCGACAACACUGCGAUUAUGUGGGACAUCAACAAAGGACAGAAGCUGUCCAUCUUGAAUGACCAUAAGAGCUACGUGCAGGGGGUGACCUGGGAUCCUCUGGGACAAUAUGUAGCCACGCUCAGCUGUGACAGAGUGAUGCGUGUUUACAGCACUCACACCAAGAAGAAAGCCUUCUGUAUCAGUAAAAUGAGCUCUGGGCCGCUUGCAGAGGGAGAGGUCAAGCAGUACAGAAUGUUCCACGAUGACAGCAUGAGGUCGUUUUUCCGACGCCUUUCAUUCACGCCAGAUGGAUCUUUCUUGCUCGCCCCAGCCGGGUGUGUGGAGAUCGGAGAAAACAUCAUAAAUACCACCUACGUGUUUUCCAGGAAGAGUCUAAAGAGACCUAUCGCCCACUUGCCGUGUCCAACUAAAGCUACACUGGCUGUACGCUGCUGCCCUGUCUACUUUGAACUGAGGACUAAGAAGGAAGAAGAUGGCUCUAUUCAGACUCUUCCCAAUGUCUUCCAGUUGCCAUACCGCAUGGUGUUUGCUGUGGCAUCUGAGGACUCCAUCUUCUUGUACGACACACAGCAGACGCUUCCUUUUGGCCUGGUGUCCAACAUCCACUACCACACACUCAGCGAUCUUACAUGGUCUCGAGACGGUUCUUUCCUGGCUGUGUCCUCCACAGACGGCUACUGCUCCUUCCUAUCCUUCUCGCCUGGGGAGCUGGGCACUCCGCUGAAGGAGCCUCCCACCCUGGAGGUCUUUACCCCAAGCAGUGUUGUUGAGAAAAAGGGUAAGAAGGCCAGGACGUCAUCUCCUUUAACCCAGACGCCAAGCUCAGCACCAACUCCCACAUCUCAAACCAGCCUGGGCAAAGAUGUUCCUGCCGUCACCCCUCCAGAGGAGAAGAAGAACACCCCGAGUGCCAAAUCUAAACCUCAGCCGCGAAGGAUCACCCUCAAUACCCUGCAGGGCUGGGGGAAGCCCUCGACACCUAAAACUACAACUCCUUCAGCACCUCAGACCCCAACAUCUGCGAGCACAAGCGCACCCUCUACUCCCCAGCCCCGCGUCACCCCUCUCACCCCAACCAACUCCUCCAAAACCCAGCCACGCACCGCCCCCCUGACCCCCUCCACCCCAAAAGCCCUCAACAGUGCUAAUAAUGCCGGGUCCACUACUCCUAAGGGUACAACCACUCCAAAAGGGCCCACUCCAAGGAGAGUGUCUCUGACUCCCGUUACCCUCCGAUCUCCAGCUGUCAGUUCACUCUUCCGCACCCCCUCCUCCACUGAGAAGGCCAAACAUGAACGCCCUUCUCCUCCCACUGAUCCAGUGUGCCAGCCUCCAGAGCCCAAGCGGCCCAAGACCAGUGAGCUCCCAUCAAAGACCAACAGCACCCAGACUUAACGUCUACCGGGAACAGUGUGGUGCUAUGAUAUCAUUAAAGAGUACAUACAGUGGAGGGUGACAGGAUAAGAAGCUUUAGUACAAAACCGCUAAGGCUGUAACAGGUGCAGCAGCAUUGUGUGUGUGUUGAUAUUGUCUGUACUUGGUUUGACUAGAUGAAGCUUUAACCUCAAAUAACGCACUGUGUUAUAAAACAAACUGCAUUGCAGUAGGUGUCCUUUGAAUAAAUGCUUAUUUUAGUCGUGUUUUUGUAUUAUACGGUGAACAGAUAAUUGUAUUCUAUUUGACUUGUUUGACAUUUAGGUGCGCUAUAGGGCUGAAGAUGAAGAUUUUAUCUCACUUUUUUAUUAAGGAAAUGUGAUGGUUAAACUGCAUUCAAAACCUGAAGAAAAAAAAACACAAAGCACCCCAAGGUUUACUGCCUUGAAAGAGCUUUGAAUAUAGAACCUGAUUUUUAAUUUGCUGAAGACUGGGCCAGCAGAUUGAAUGAAAAGCUCAAAAUUUCAAGUAUUUUUCUUGUCUAAUAAAGGAAAUUUCACAUCCA